CGGGGAUCAGCUGUGGCACAAGUUGUUCCCGCGGCUGGCACUCUCCCUCCCUGGCACUCUCCCUCGCCAUCAUUACUACCACCACACGCCCCUCUUUUUCAUGCCACUUCUGACAUUUGUGGGUUAGGCUCGAGGAGACGUGAGGUGGGGGUUGAGGUUAUGUGAGGAGGCAGAGUGGUGGGCGUGGAGUGCCACUAUGGCUGCUACUACACUCAUCGCUGUAGAUUUUGAGGUGUUCGGCAUUGUGCAGGGUGUCUUCUUUCGGAAGUACACGCAGAGGAAGGCAAAAGAGCUGAAUAUACGAGGAUGGUGUAAGAAUACAGAUCAAGGAACCGUCAUCGGCCAGUUGGAGGGACAGCAUGACCUGGUUUUUAUCAUAAAAGAUUGGCUUAAGAAAACUGGAAGUCCCAGUUCUCGCAUUGAAAAGGUAGAAUUCAAAAAUGAAAGGGAAAUUCAAGAUUAUACCUUCAAGAACUUCUCUAUCAAACACUAGAAAGCAGUGGCAUUUUCCAUUCAAAACUGGGUAUCAUUCUGUAAUAUAUUGGUAUUACAGGGUAUUUGUGAAAACAGCAGGAAUUAAAUUAAUGGUUCCAGGGUACAGUAUUUUAAGUCAUUAAAAGAGCAUAUUAGAAUGUGUAGCUAGCUUUAUGUCCAUUCUGUAUACAGUAAGGUCACUUUAUAAAUUAGCAGAAAAAUAUUGGAAGAUGUAUGCUAUAACUUUUUAUAAGAUAUUCAAGAGAUUUAUUGUGCUUAAUAUUUGAUUCUAACUUGUCUUUGUACUCUAGUUGGCAUGCAAUAUGUUUCAUUAUUACAUCUUAAAAUGAUAUUUACAUGUCAUAAGGCAUAUGGAAUUAUCCACAGCUUGCAGGAUGCAGUAAUAUAAAUUUAUUUUUGGGGGGUGGGAGAGUGGAGGGUGGCAAGUUGUAUUUUUAAAUAACGAAUUCAAUACAAUCCAAAAAAUAUACACUUCAUACAUAGAAAAUACAUUUUCAUGCUACAUAUUAUAUAUUUCUUAUUCUUAAUUGUGACAAGAACAGAAUUCUGAAGAAAGAAUUGGCUGGCUAGGUUUAUCAUCAAUAUUUGUAUGUAAAAUCAUUGUGGAUGCUAGAAAAUAGUAACAAUUUAGUGUUGGUUGAACUUGGCAAGGAUUACUUGACAUACAGUAUUACUUAAUCUUUUUUUUUUUUGUCAGUUGUGGCUGUCAGAUAAAGACAAAUUGUCAAGUUUAUAUUCCAUGCUAAAUGAGCAAUGUUGUGAUCAUCGUUUAUAAAAGCACUGUACUUAAUAGUUUUGUUUUCUCAAUACAGGAUAGUUACUUAAAUGUUAUUAAAUUAAAAAAAAAUUUG